AUGGUGUCCAGUCUGAUAGCGCAAGCGGCGCUUGCCUUUUGCCUUCUUUAUUAUUUGUAUAGCAUUAUACACGCAGUAUAUUUCCAUUCCUUACGAAGCAUCCCCGGCCCGAAAUGGUGGAUUGCCUUCCCCGUUCUACGGCACAUAUCCGCCAUUCGGGGCCAAGUAGACCUCGACAUACCCCGGUUCCAUCUCAAGUACGGCCCUAUCGUGCGCUUCGGACGGGAUGAAGUCUCAUUUAUUGACCCUGAAGCGUGGAAGGACAUCUACGGUCACAACAACAAGCAUCACCAGUUGCCGAAAGUGAAGAACUCGGCUAGCAACCCGCUGGAUAUUGUCAGCUCCAAUGACGCUGACCAUAGCCGCUACCGCAAGUCUCUCUCACACGCCUUCUCUGCCAAGGGGCUGCAGGCGCAGGAACCCUACGUCAACAACUACGUGGAACAGCUGCUCGCUCGACUGAAAGAAGUGGCACAGUUUCAGACACCAACAGAUAUGAGCAAAUGGUAUGAAUUGACGACCUUCGACAUCGUUGGGGAUCUUGCCUUUGGUGAGCCAUUCGGGGGUUUGGCCAGCUCCGAGUAUCACGACACAGUGAAGACUAUCUUCGAGUCGAUCAAGCUCUUUCCCUUCGUCAAGAUGCGCGACGCUUUCCCUGUACUCUUCAGCUUUAUCUCCCUCAUGAUACCGAAACGGCUUCUAGAAGCCCAGAAACAACAGAAUGCCCACACCCGUGCUGCAGUUAUGAAACGCCUGGUAAACUCCUCGGCCUACAACCGCGGAGAUUUUAUGGACUCGAUGACCCGCAACCGCGGCGAGAAAGACGGUCUGACUGACGACGAGCUCGUCGCUAAUGCGAAUAUUCUUAUUGUUGCCGGCAGUGAAACAACUGCCACUCUCCUCGCAGGUGUCACCUACCUCCUUCUCCAGAACCCGGAGACAUAUAGAAAAGUUGUCAUGGAGGUGCGCUCUGUUGAGCAACCCGAAUCGGAUAUCGCAUAUACCUCCUCCGCCGCCAAAAUCCCUUACACCUACAUGUGGGCCUGUAUCCAGGAAGCCUUCCGACUAUACCCACCUGUCCCAACAGGACUGCAACGCGUGACUCUCGACUCGAUGUUGAUCGCGGGACAUGAAAUUCCACCAGGCACAAAAGUGUCCGUUCACCCACUAGGUGCCUCCUGGUCACCGGUGAAUUUCCAUGCCCCAGAGCGUUUUCUUCCGGAGAGAUGGCUGCCAGAGGCGAGAACUGACCCAGCUUCGCCCUUCUUCCACGACAAACGUGAUGUUGUUCAGCCAUUUUCUGUGGGGCCACGCAACUGUAUCGGCCGAAAUCUUGCCUACAUUGAGAUGCGCCUGAUUCUGAGCCGCCUCUUGUGGAAUUUUGACCUCGAGCUCUGUGAGCAGUCUUCAGCCUGGCAUGAUCAGAAAGCGUAUACUGCGUGGGAAAAACCUCCUUUAAUGUGCAGGUUGACUUUAAGGAAGAAUUAG